CGUCCGGCGAACCAACUCACCCCUGUCUAGUGUCGGAACUACAACUAAAACUGACACGGAAGUGACGUCAUUACAGGUCAGAGUACGUUCGGCGUCAACACGUGUGCGUCCGCCGUAGCCACGCGUGUUGAAGUGGAACAAGUCUAAUUUGAGCAGUUUGUGGUUAUCUGUAAACAUAAAACAAUGCCUCGAGCGACAUCAUCUUCGUCGAGCGAAGACGAUGAGGAUAGUCAUCCGACAGAAUCACCUGUAGCGCGAAAGGAAACCGAUAAGAAGACGACCACGUACCAGUGUCCCGAUGACUUCGUGCCUUUCUGCCACAAGCCCUGCAGCAGCACUCUCACCGAGAGCCUGAAGAACGACGACAAUGAGCUGUGGCUCAUUAAAGCUCCUGCCAGCUUCAACCCAGAAUGUUUCAGCGGCAUCAAGGUGCCCCUCUCUGGUAUCCAGACCCUGAAGGUUCCCACGGCUCCAGGCGGAGCCAAGACUGGGAGCAGCCAGCAGAUCUACAGCAUCCUGGCAUCCCCACACGGCACCUCAGAACUCCACCUGCUCACCAGUGGCGAGCGGUCGUCCGGAGGCGUGGUUUUCGGGCCGGCCUUUACGGGCCUGUUGAACGUGUGCGAGAACUACGGGGACAGCGGUGCUAACCAGGCCCCUCAGGUCAUCCACGCCACGCCGCCGCCCUCCUUACCGCCGGGACUGAAGCAGCGGUUCCACCCUUUCGGCAGCAAGACGCCCACACUGACCUGCGUGGCAGAAAGCGAGGUGGACGGAGCCGCCAUGGGGCCCUCGUCCGCCACCCUCUGCCCGCUGGACGUCAAGCGGUUCGUGGAGGAAACUUGGCAGGAGGAGGAAGGGAGGAAAAGGAAGAAGAAGAAGAACAAAGAAAAGCGAAUAAAGACGGAGCUACCGGACGAGGUGGUGGUGAAAGUGGAACCCGUCGCCGAAGUUCAGCGACAAUGGGGGCUCCCCUUCCAGCAGGGCGACGCUUUGGAGGAGACGACGAAAAAGAAGAAGAAAAGGAAGGAUCGGGAGCGGAAAGAGGUGGAGGAGGGCGUGGAGCCCAGCGUAACGGUGAAGGAGGAGGUCACUGUGAAAUGUGAACCGGUCGACGAUUCCUACGGCGACGUUGCAAUGGGAAAGAAGAAGAAGAAGAAAAAAAAGAAGGGAAGCAAACCUGGCGACGACUAGCCCUGUCGUUUGUUUAUUUUAGGCCUCAUCGGAGCCAUUUUACCACGACUUUACUAAUGCAGGGCUUGCUUUGGCAAGGACAUGGCUUUUCAGAAAAAGGAAAAAGCAGAAGAACA